AUUUCCCAACACUGCACACGAAUUAUAUACGAUAGUUGCAUAACAGCCCUGUUCAAUGCGCAGGGUAAUGCAAGUGUAAACAAUCUUAAUAAAUACAAUUUAAAUGCGCUUCUAAAUGGAUAUUUCUUCGGCGGCUAAUGUUUAUUUACGUCAGUUGGGCGAGGCUCGUCCACGCAUUACCGAAUUGAACACGAACAUAUUUACGAAAGGCGGACCCGCACCCAAAUCACUUGUCGAAAUAUCUGGCAAAAGGAAAAGCGGGAAAACUUUUCUACUAAUGCAAAUUAUUGCAAAUUGUCUAAUAAAUUGUGAUGUUAUCCUAAUUAAUAUUAGCCAUAAGAUUGACUAUCAAGUGUUUGGAAAACUUGUGCAGGACGCUGUGAAAAAUGCGAAUCCGAAUGCAACAGGCGUCCAAUUGCAGGAGAUUUGUGAAAAGUGCUUAGAUUCAUUGGAAAUUAUAAAUUGCUUUUCAUCUCAAAAUGUUCGCAUGGCCUUAAAAGCUUUGGACAAUCAUAUAUUGUUUGAUAAUGAAAGAAUUAGUCUCGUUGCAAUUGAUGGAUUGUGUGAAUUUUAUUGGCUUGAUUUGCCACAAAAUGUGCGAAUUCGUAAAUACAAAUACUAUAUGAAUAUUUUGGAGGAAAUCAACAAGAUUUGCAAGAGAUUUUACGUUUGUUGCAUUUACACAGUGGACAGCAGUUUCUUAAAAAACUCUUAUGCUCCAUGCAAAGCGAUAAAUAUAGAUCACAAAUUACAAUUGAAGUGCCUAGCAAAUGGCAAGCGAAUACUGAAUGACGAAGAAAUUGUUAUAGAUGAAAGUGGAAUUAAGUUUAAGUAG